AGCGAAAACAUAACUCUCGCACACCUUAUAUUGUCCUGGUUAUUUGCCCGUUAAACAGUAUAAUGGAGGACCAAGUGAUAGGGUUACGGGGAAAGGGUAUAGCUGCAUGUUAUUUGUCGGGUUCAACUAGUAAAACAUUUAUGACGGAGGGUGUGAUUGACGAUGACCUUUCCCCUGACGAAGACGGAGUUUCUGCUGCAUGGACGAUGAAAGACAUUGCAUGGAAAGACAUAACAGACGGACGAUAUAAUGUGAUGUAUGCUCACCCAGAAUCCGCCCUCUGCAAAAGAAUGCAUUCUGUUUUGAGAUCGCCUCUAUACCAGGACAAAAUUUGUAGUGUUGUUAUAGAUGAAGUCCACAUGAUCGCAGAGUGGGGAGAGGAGUUCAGACCAAAGUUCAAGAAGUUGGGAGAUUUGACCUGUCUAUUCAGCAGAUGCCCACAUCUUGCUGUUACAGCUACAUCUUCUCUAUCCUCUAUUCUUGAGCUUACAAAGACACUCCAGUACGAAAACCAUGUGACUGUGACUGUGAAUCCUGACAGACCAAAUAUAUACAUAGACAAAAAGCCCCGUCUUCCAAACUCAAAGAAGACUGACAAAUAUGAUGAAUUGAUUGACCCCCUAGCGCAAGAACUGAAAAUUAAGCUUCUAGACUUUCCUGUUACGAUUGUUUAUGUAGAAAGUUUGGAUGCACUUGGAUAUUACUACCAAUAUCUUAAUUCUACUCUGAAAGAAUUACAGUAUCAUCCUUCCACUGACAAGACACCAGAGUCUCGACUGUUUGCACAAUAUCACACAGAUUAUACACAAGGUAUGAAAAGUCACAUCUUACAAGAACUCAGAAAAGACAAUCCCCACCUUCGUCUUGUUUUGGCUACAGUUGCUCUUGGUAUGGGUUUAAACGCACCAAGCAUCACACGCAUAGUUCAUUGUAGGCCUCCUACAACACUGGAAAAAUAUUUACAGGAAAUAGGAAGGGCUGGAAGAACAGGGCAAAAUUCCACAGCUAUUCUCUAUUACAACAAAAGUGAUAUUGCUAAAAAUCGGAAAGGAUUGUCUCCAGACAUGGUAAACUUUUGCAAUGUAAAUGAUGCAUGUCUGCGAGUUGAACUUGUAAAAUACUUUGGUUUUCAGACGACAGUGUUUGAUGGCCCAAUGGAUGAAUGCUGUUCUAACUGCCGUCAGUCCCUUGUGAAUGCUGCUGAGAACAUGCAUGUCUGAACUUCAAUUUAGCAGUAUAUAAAUACAUAAUUAGUUCAUGAUCACAGUUUGAGCUGAAAAUCAGUUGAACUUGUAUACGUACAGCUCAAUGGAACUUAGUAAUAGUGCUCACUGACACCAAAAUGCUUAAUUUUCAUGCCAUUUUGCUUUUUUUUUUAUUUUUUAUUCAU